CAUUGUUACUAGUCAUACAGGCCCAUCAUGUUCUCAUAUUUGCCUUCCCAGGUACCUUCACUCUCAUUAUCAUUACAUGUAUCAUCAGGCCAUUGUUCAAGGUCCAAAGUCUUCUCCAGACAUGUGUGCUGAGGUCUCUUUAUUCAAGGACCAGGGCUUCUUGAAGAUACUUUCUUUCACUCUGACCUAGCACCCAGUUCCUUACUACUGCUAGCCCUUUCCCCUUGUUCUACUGUGACCUCAGAACUGCUAGAUCCUUGGUUUGGGGCCGCUGCAACAGUGAACCCACCCACCUGGCGGACCACCCAACUUCAGACCCUUGAUCCUCGUCUUGACCAGGCACUUUCUCCCAUCACAGUUUUACGGCAAACAUUACUGAGAAUCAUCCAAAGUGUCACAUUGUGAUGAUGAUUCAGCUGACAGCUACCCCCACAAGUGCACUUAUUGAUGAGCCAGUGCAUAUCCGAGCUACAGGCCUGCCUCCCUUCCAGAUAGUGGUUCUUCAGGCAACACUGAAAGAUGAAACGGGGAACCUGUUUCAUUCUCAUGCCUACUAUAAGGCUAAUGAAGUUGGUGAGGUAGACUUGGAGCGUGCCCCUUCACUUGGAGGUGACUAUGUAGGAGUCCACCCUAUGGGUCUCUUUUGGUCCUUGAAACCUGAAAAUAUUUUAACUAAAUUGUUGAAAAGAGAUGUGAUGAAUAGCCCCUUCCUGGUCCAAAUAAAACUUUAUGAUUCAAAUUUACCAUUAAUUCACAUCCCCACCACUGCUCCAAAAGUCAGCCUGACUUUGGAAAGGUGGUACACAGCGCCUGGUACCAAACGGAUCCAAGUUCGAGAAGGCCACAUUCGGGGAACCCUCUUUCUCCCUCCUGGAGAGGGCCGUUUCCCAGGGGUAAUUGACUUGUUUGCUGGUGUUGGUGGACUGAUUGAAUCUCGGGCCAGUCUUCUGGCCAGUCAUGGCUUUGCCACCUUGGCCUUGGCUUAUUGUGACUAUGAAGAUCUGCCCUCCCAACCAGAAAAGACAGAUUUAGAAUAUUUUGAGGAAGCUGUCAACUUUCUCCUAAGACAUCCUAAGGUCCUUGGCCCAGGCGUUGGGAUAGUUUCCAUAAGCAAAGGUGCAGAGAUUGGACUCUCCAUGGCUAUUCACCUAAAACAGGUCACAGCCACUGUGCUUAUUAAUGGGCCCAACUUUGUAAUUAGAAUUCCACAGGUAUAUCGUGGACAGAUAAGUCAGCCCUUGCCUUUCUCCCCACAACUACUAUCCAUCAAUGCCUUAGGGUUAGCAGAGUUCCAGCACAACUUUGAGGAAGCUAGAAAUGAAGCCAAUGAGAAUUUUCUUCUCCCCAUUGAAAAGGCCCAGGGACAUUUCCUUUUCAUUGUGGGAGAAGAUGAUAAGAAUCUCAACAGCAAAGCAUAUGCCAAGCAAGCCACAGAGCAGUUGAGAAGAAACGGGAAGAACAAUUGGACUUUGCUAUCUUACCCUGGGGCAGGCCACCUAUUAGAGGCUCCCUACUCCCCACUGUGCUGUGCCUCCAAGAUCUCCAGUCUCCACCUAUUCAUCCACUGGGGAGGAGAGGUGACCCCACAUGCCAUUGCACAAGAGCACUCUUGGAAGGAGAUCAAAAAGUUCCUCAGGAAGCACCUCCUUCCAGUUGUAACCAGUCAACUUUGAGAAGAGAGGAUAUUCCUUAGAAACAGAGAAGCAAUACCGGAUUUUCAGGGAACAAUGUCUUUGAUUUCCUAUUGUAGGACGUUAUACUAAGAGAAAGCAAGAGGGUGACAGUGGCCAUGUCUUGACUUUGGAAAGGGAAAAUGGUUUCCACUUAAUCUGGUAUCACACACACAGAGUUUUAUAUUUUUAAAGAUAAAUUUAGGGCUCAACCUGUCCUAAAAUAUUCUGGUUUAUAAUUAUAGCAAUUAUCUGGCAGAAAAAAAUUACCAGAACGAAUGUCAGAAUCCCCUGGUUUGUAAAACAGACAUGAGGAAAAUCAGGUGCUGAUAUUUAUUGUUUUCUUAAAACUCCAAUGAAAUAUGUUUAGAUUUCUCAUAUUUGAAAAUAUGCUUGUGGUUCCUGGUUACUUCAUUGUCAUUGAAAAACUAGAGCUGGGUAAAUGAAUUUAUUAUUUUAAGGCAGUAUGGAAGCUGAUACGGAGGUUACAUGAUUGAGUCGGCCUACAAUCAAUAAUUCAACAAAAGCUAAUAAAAGA